AUGGGCUUCCUCUACGCUUUGCCAUAUACUCCGGCGAACUCAGCUUGGCGAAGCCGACUGGUUCGAGACCAAGACAGACAGUCUGUCACUUUUUGCGAUUUGUGCCAACAAGAGUCAACCCAGUACCCCAGUUGGCCUCGUCUGAGAGCUUUUCCAGGAGCAGAAGUUUUCCUUCCUUACAGCUCUUUCUACAAGAACUUUGAAGAAGAAGGGGAGAUUGCUUUAUACGGUGCAAUGGCAUUAGAAAGCCCAGACCUUCGAAAGAUUUCCGAUUUCUUUGAUACCGGAAACGGUAUCUAUGUCAUUUACUAA